AUGAAACCUCCCCCAAACUAUACAGGGGCGCUUUUGCAGGAUAAAAGAGACCAUAAAAAGUUCCCGAUCAAGCUCACACCGGAGCAAAAGGGUCUCUUGAAGUCUGUGACGCCGCCGGUGUUGUAUUAUGACCAUAAACGCACUCUCCACAAGGAUACACAGCGUCUGCUUGCGAGUUUCAUAGUGCUGCUCGAGCUGACGACAAAUACGCCAAACACGGUGUGCACUCUUUUCCGCUACUAUAGAUACUGGCAAUUGUCGUGCCAAGGGCGCCUGGUCACCACACGUGGUCAGUAUAGAUUCCACGCCCGUGACCAACAAAAGGAGAUUAAACUGGUGGGAAUGGACAAUUGGAAAAACGUCAUGUGCUACAUGGACUCCCUACUCAUAUCGAUGUUUUACUCCACCGACAGCUUUGACUUCCUUCUGGACUGCUAUGUCGACAAAAGCCUGUCUGCCGAGCUGCAGCAACAGGUCAAAGACUUCAAAGUCAUGCUUCGAUUCAUUGUGAAUUUAAUUAGAGGAGGCGAAUAUAUUCCCCAUCCUCUGAUGAAACAGCUCUGUUUUUCACUGAGCGGUCUGGGCUGCGAGAUGGUAUUGAGCCAGAACCAGCAGGACGCUUUGCAACUGUUUGAGUUUCUUGCAGAGUCGCUGUCUCUCCCGCUGCUCACUAUAAAGCUGGACAUCAUCCAUUCCGGACAACUCAACGUGAACGACGAUAUGAGACUCAUCGAAGAGCGCGCAUUAUUGAUCUCUGUCCCAGAAGACAAAGACGCUGAUCCGGAAAGCGAGGAGGAGGGUGCGUCGAUCUCCCUGGAGGAGUGUCUCAAUUCGUACUUCAAUAAUAGCAUCACUGUGCGCAGACACUUGGAACGGCGGCGUACGCUGGAUAGAGACGACCAAAUAGACGAGAAAACAAGGAACGAGAUCACACAUGACUUGCAAUACUACGAGAAGCUCGGAAUUGUUACCUCCAACGAAGAACAGCUGCAACGUUCGCCGUCUCAGGACUCUGCCUCUUCUUCCGCCGAUCUGAGUACAGCGCUCAGCAAUUCGACUGUCACCGGCACAGAGUCGACCAGUGACCGCACAGCAGCGGUCUCUUCCUUCCUAAAACUGUCGGAAAGGAUGGAGGCAUCUAGAACAAGGUCCUCGACGAUCGCCUCUGUUCUGAAUAACGUCAUGAUUUCAAAUCAAACGAGACUAACACGCAGAGCGUCCUCGGUCUCUAAUAGCGAAGUGACGUUGCCGGCCUGGAUGUUUCUGCAACUUCUGCCUUACUAUACCAGCCCCAAGGUGAAAUUACGUUUACGGAGCUCGGAAAGAUCGUUUAGGGGAAUGACCAGAAGUGUAACCGGGGAGUCAUCGACUUCCUCAGAGGAUGGCAUCGAACUGACAGAGUUUGAGGACCGGUUCCAAAAGAAACGCCCGAUAAUCCCCAUUUGUUUGAAGAAAUAUGGCUGGGACGAAAAUGGACAGUCGCACAAAAUAAACCGCAAGGUGGUAAUUCCCGAGGUGAUCAAGCAUCCGUAUUUCAUUGCCGAAGACAGCACUAAGCCAGGAUACGUGGACUUCAAACGAAACACAGACAACAAAGCGCCUUCCGGGUCGUUCAUGCUGGUUCUGGAAAGCUGCAUUUGUCACCGAGGUAAAACCGUGAAUUCUGGACACUAUGUCUCGUUGGUCCGGAAACGACCAUACAACCCUAAAGACUCAAUACCCUCAGAUGAAAAGAACUGGAUUCUAUUCAACGAUGUGCUCGAGAAGGAAGAAAAAGCCAAGGAGGUGACGUUCCAGGAAGCCAUGGACCAAGAAGAUCCUUAUAUUUUGUUUUACAAAAUAGUGGAGCUACACGAAGACUUUGAUUCUGACUACUAUGGCACUGCCACCAGUGGCGACGAAAGCACCAUCAGGCCUCCACGGGGCGCUAGGGACAAAUUUUGGAAUUCCGACAGUGAAUCCAGCAUGCCAAAUAGCUCGGUCCUCGCGGCCCGCAAAAGCUCGAUAGUGUCGCAGAUGUCACACCUUUCUCUCAAGUCUGCAGGAGCAGCGCUGCCAAUUACCAUUGAUCAACCAGCAGAAGAAUCAGAGCAAUCGCCGCCUGCUACCAUCCAAGUGCCACCACUGGCCCCGCCGCAGGCGGUCUCGACCUCCUCGGUGUCUCGCUCCAGCUCGCGCGGGAAAAAGACAGACAAUGAAGUUUUACCGACAGACCCUGCUUAUCUGGACAUCAGUACGCAAUAUUACUGGUACGAUCUUAAUUCUUCUGGAACUUACAGGAUACCACGCGAAUACUCUGAGCCGCCAGCCAUUUGGACGCCGCACGAAGAAAACGGAGACGGCAACGAAGGUGGAUUCAUUGAAAAAAUUAACUCGCGACUGCUAAAUCUCAAACGUGGCUCUGUGUCAGCCAGCGUCCAAUUCCCGUCCAAUCCUGCUAGUGUGAUAUCUUCCACUGCAUCCUUUACUGCUGCAGACUCUACAGACACUGAAAUGGAUGAUAAAACGAACACGAGCUUCGCUCCUCCUCGAAAAGAGCUAUCAAAAGUCUCAUCGCCGGUCCUCAAGCCCCGCGAGGGGGUUUCCUCUCCUGCGAACGGGACAGUGUCUCCACAGUUUUCUAAAGUGUCGGCUGCGGUUUCUAACGGGUCCAAGCCGCUGAACAGAGAAAAGAAGAAGCACGGAAUAAAACGCUUUUUCAAGAAAAUCGUCAACUAA